UUUUAUAGCUCAUUGAGUGUGUUUCACAAUGUAUUUCUGGUAGUAUUUUUUUUUUACAACCGAAAGAUAAAUUGUACCCGCCAGGAAUCGAUCUCUGGACUUCCCCCCUACCCGACCCAUAUGUCUCCCAGCUCCUACCACAUGAGCUAUCCUACGAGGACAUUUAGGAGGAGACACACCACGAAUCAAUUGAAUUGAGGCUUUAUAUAUGGAAUUCCUAGUGAAUCAUAUUCCAUUAGCCACCAUUCUUUUAAUAUCUCUCAGAAUCAACAUGUGGAGCCUUUCACCGGUGAACUGAAAUCUCUAGGAGACAAAGAUAAUGGUGACAGAAUCGUGAAGCAUAGGUCUAGGAUUACAAAUCCUGAUCUGAAGCCAAUCUAACAGCUCUAUAAAACCCUGUAACCUACAACAUCGGUUUAAAAAAUGACAAGAUAAAAUUCAUUUUGCACUUGAAGAUAUCCAGCCUCAAGUUUAUACACUUUUGGCUCAAUUAUGGGAGGUCUCCACAACAAACAACAAAUGAAUCUAGGAUAUGCUCUAAUACCAUAUUAGAAAUUAGGAGAUUUAUACUCAACCACAAAAGUUAGCUCAAAAGUUGAGGUUUGCACAACCCUUAUAAAAGCUAUCUAUGCUGUAUCUCUAGCCAAUGUGAGACUUCUAAAUGGCGCAAUAGCCCAAAAAAGAGAAAGUUAUGACUUUGUCACAAUCUACUCUUCCUAUUUCAAAAGGUAUACCUAGUUUAUCUAGUCUAGAAGUGAACCAUGAGCAAUUGAACAAAAUGAAAAUCCGUGGUCAACAAAUAAAUAGAUCAGUGGAGAGAAGAAAGAAUGAGCGAUAGUGAGUGUGUGCGAAUGAGAUUGACUGAGGAAAUAGGGUUAGGGUUCAGUGAAUUGAAAAGUCAAAUAAGACUAACCUUAAAGAGAAUUUGUAAGUAGAUUGCAUUCAGGGAUUUAAAACGAUGAAUCAUUAAAAUCAAUCAGGAAUAUAUGUUGCAGCAACAAAUUAAAUUAAAUCUCUUGCAUGUAGAAAUUAAGGAUUCUUUUAACAAUCACCAUUGAAAACAAUUAAUUACAGCAAUAGCUAAGAGAAAGCUGGAAGGGAGGGUUCGAAGAGAAGAUAUGAUGCACACAGAUUGAUUGAAAUAUGAAAGUCCACUGAAUGCAAGUUUUUUAUAAACACCCACAGAAAUUAAGCUGUUGUAAAAUGAAAUCAAAUAUAUAUAGGUAUUUUUGUUAUAUAAAUUUCCAAAUAUAUAGUUGAUUUACCGUGUCAACCGUGAUUUUCAUCCUGCAAUUCAAUUCAAUUUUCAACUCUCUCACUAUUAUAUAAACCAGAGACUCACCAGGUUUGUCUUCAAGAACAAGAACAACAUGGGUUGCUCACAAACCAAGAUCAUGUGCUACACCCGAAGCACCAAAACUGAGAAGGUGCAACGUUCCAAGAAACGCCAGCAGUUCAUGAAGGAUGCGGUUUUGGCCGUUAACAAGUUCGCUGCCGCACACUCUUCCUACGCCAACUGCCUCGUCAAGACCGGUUCUGCCCUCACCGACUUCGCCGCCCAGUUCCCUACCACAUUCAUGGAGCCAUUCAUUGAGGAGGAGGGGGAGGAAGACGGUGAAGAAGAAAACAUGCCUCAAUUGCAGACGAAGGAGGAGGUGUCUCGUCAUGUGAAGGGGAAACUUUCAAUUGUGGAAGUGAAAGAGAGUGUGAGUGUCGUUGAGGAUCUAGGUGAUCACUUUGUGAAAGCUUCAAAGGUUGCUGAAGAGGUUUCAAGGUUGCUUGAGGGUACUGGCCUCGAUUGUCAUUCCAAAUUCACUGAUAUUGAUAUGAGAGCCUCUCGUGCUUGUUCUUCUGGCUGCGGGUUGCACUCAUGUGGGUGGGAUUGUAUCUGUUUUUGGUUCUGGGUGGGAAAGCUACUUACUAGCAUACUGGUUCUAUUGGUGUGCUGAUUUAUUAGCCACUUUCUUUAUGGGUUCGGUAACUCCUUGUGCUUGUUUGUAUCUUUCUUUUGAAUUAUAAAUGAAUAUCAUAAAUGAAUAAUAUGGCUGACCUUUUUUUUCAGGACACGUUCCUGAUGAAACUUUUGCUAUGAUCUUGAAUAAGUUGCUAGCAUGGGAAAAUAAAUUUUGUCAAGAACUGAAGGUAAGCAUAUGAGUACAAGUCUUGUGUUUGCAAUUGCUUUUCUUUCACAUUUAAGCAUUUUUUUGAUAGAAUGCUGAGUCUAAGAAACUUGAGUUUCAAAGAAAGUUUACGGAGCUUAACAGACUUCUUGAAAGAGGUACAAAGGGUGAAGCAGUGGAGAAAUUAAAAGUAGUGGUUAAUCAUUUGCAUACAGGGUGCACCCUAUAUGAGCAGUCCCUAGAAUCAAUUGUCUCAGACAUUAACAAAUGUGAUCAACAAUUGUACCCAAGACUUGUUCACCUUGUUUAUAAAAUGGCCACCAUGUGGAAAAUCAUGGAGACUCACCAUGAGCAGCAGUCAAAGAUUGCGAUGUUACUGAGACAUGUAGAUAGUUUCCAGUCUCCCGUAGAAGCAACGAGACACAAGCACAAUCAUGAUAAAACACGCAAGUUGCUUGUUGUUUUGCGAGAGUGGCUGUCACAAUUUGACAUUUUGAUGAACAAUCAAAAGAAGUGCAUAAUGGCCCUGAACAACCAACUAGAAAUGAGGGAUGAGAUUUCUGAAAGCCUUCCCAUACAAGUUCUUCUUCAAGCUUGGCAUUGUCGUUUAGAGAAACUUCCUCAACAGUAUGUCAGGACAACCAUAGCCAACUUUGCUGCUGAGAUAGAUAGUAUUCUCCAAGAGCAAGAUAAAGAGAUGGUUCUCAAGAGAAAAUGUGAGGUGACAAUUUAUGAAUAUGCCGAGAAAAUUAGUAGGCAAUUAACGGAGUGGGAGAAAAAGUAUGAGGAAAGACUAGAGGUGUUAGGCCCAAACAUGGUAGAUCAUCCUCAUGAGCUUGUUAGAGAGAUCCAACUAAUGAAGAUCAAGUUGGUUGCAGCGAAAGAAGAUUAUGGAAGGCAGUGUCUACACGUGACCCAAAAAUCAUUGAGUAGUCUUCAAACUCACUUGCCAAAGCUCUUUAAGGCAAUGUCAGAUUUUUCUCUUAAGAGUUCCAUGAUGUACAAUGAAUUAGCAGAUUUGUGAUUCACAGCAGAUUUGUUA